GUAAUAUAUGAACAAUAUCAGUGAUAUUGUGUAUGAAAAUGCAUCAUUCUAGAUGGUUUGUUAACGCAAGCAUACUCAUUAAGAAAUUACUUACUUUUUGUAUGUAAUAGACGACUAUAUGAUCUUGACUUAAGUAUUUCAACUAUAAUAUUAUCUAAGGAACUUAAUUCUUAAUAACCGAAAUAUGUUCUUCAACUAAAUCUAGAAUAAAAAAUCUACUGGAUUCAGGAUAGACAAAAAAUUACAUAAAUGGGAUUUGAAUCUAAAGAGGAAAUGAAGUAUUUUGAUGGAUCUUGUGAAGAAUUCAAAUAACUAAAGAGAUUAUUAAGAAAUAGAGUAAUGUAUAAAGAUGUGAGUGAUUUUUAUUUGCCUAUGAAAUAAUUAGGAAGAGGAGGUUCUUCAAGAGUAUUGUCUUAUUUAUAAUUUAAAGGUAUACUUAGUAAUGGAUAAAUGUGAUAAACUAGAAUUCGCAUCUAAAAAUGUUGAGAAGAGAUAUCUAAAAGAAGAUGGAGGCUUUGUAUAAUUUACGAAAAUAAUAAAAUUAGGAAGCAUUAUUUAAUGAAAUUAAUUUGAUGGCAGCACUUGAUCAUGAAUAUAUAGUAAAAUUGGAGGAAGUCUAUGAAGGAGAAACUACAUUUUAUAUUAUUUUAGAAUAUUUGAAAGGUAGUUCACUUCAUGAUCUAAUUUCUAAAGGUAUUAUUUAAUUAGGUUGGGAUGAAAUAAAAUCAAUUAUGUUUGUAAUAAUUUCGAUUAACUCUUUAGGCUAUCUUAACUGCUGUAGCACAUAUGCAUUCUUUAAAUAUCAUGCAUAGAGAUUUAAAACCAGAAAACAUAAUGUUUAAAAAACUAAAUGACAUUAAUGGAUUAAGGAUAGUUGAUUUUGGAUUAGCAACAUGGUAAUCUGCAGCUACUUAUCCUUUUCCUAAAUGUGGUACUCCUGGAUAUGUAGCACCUGAAAUAGCCAAUCUCAAAGAUCUUACUUUUAAAUAUGAUAAGAUUUGUGAUAUUUUCAGUGUGGGAUGUAUAUUUUAUAAAUUGUACUAUUAUAUUAAACUCUUAGAAUUACAUCAAAAGAUUUAUUCCCAGGAAAUGACUAUCAUGAAAUUCUUAAGUUGAACAAAAAAUGUAUUAUUAAUCUAGAUACACUUAAUAUUUAUUAAACUCCGUAAUCAGCUAUAGAGUUAAUUACUUAAAUGCUUUAACCUAUUCCUCACUAAAGAAUUUCAGCUAAAAUGGCUCUAGAUCAUCCAUUUUUUACUGGAACAUUUAUUGAUAGAAAAAUGAAAUUUCAAUCAUCUAAAAAGUAAGUUAAUACUAAUAGUAAACCUUGGUAAACAUCAACUUUUAAAACCGAAAAAUCUGAUAGAUUGUAAUUGCCAGAGAUCAAAUAAAAAUCUAGAUAAAGAGAUGAUGAAAAUCUUGAUGAAGAAACUCCCAGAAUGAGAAUUCCAACUUUAAAUAGUCCAAGAUUAGCAUAACAUGCAAAAAAGAAAAAUUUAGCACUUGCAGAAAAUUCUCCUACUGAUUUCCCUAAAAAAAGUGCUUUUAAAAAGUUUUCCACUCAAGAUUUUGAUCCUUUAUCACCAGAAACUUAAUCACCUGAUUCUGGAAGAAUUAAUUUUAGUAAUAGUCCUCGACUUAUAUAAUAAAACCUAAUAAAAAGAAAAUUUACUUAUUCGAAAUUUAAUUAAUAAAGGUAAUAAGCCAUUUAUGAAGUUGAUGACGAAUAAAAACAUUGA